AUGUUCAGAAAGGGUUAUGCUGGGUAUGAAGUGGGGGAGUUUUCGAAACAGUGCCUUUUCCAUGGCCGUCACAUGGUUUGUAUGACUUGUGUGACGGCUCAUGUGGCGGUGCAAUUUGAAAGUACUCAUUGGGAUAAUAUCAAAUGUCCACUUUGUUCGGGAAAAUUGAAGAUGGAAACUGUGUUGACGUAUUUAAGCGGGGAGAUGCCUGCCAAGGCCGGGGGAUGUGGUGGAAUUUAUUGUCGCUGUGAUGUAUUUUGGGAUUUUGAGACAGGGGAUAUCAUCGCUUUCAUGGCUUAA